AUGUUGGUUUAUAUUNGUCGUGGUGAUGAUCGGGGUCCAGAUCAUCAACCUGGUGUACACCAUCUUCGUCGUCGUGGGGCUGAUCGUGGCCCAGAUCAUCAGCCUGGUGUACACCAUCUUCUUCGUCGUGGUGAUGAUCGUGGCCCAGAUCAUCAGCCUGGUGGGCACCAUCUUCUUCGUCGUGGUGAUGAUCGUGGUCCAGACCAUCAGCCUGGUGUACACCAUCUUCUUCGUCGUGGUGAUGAUCGUGGUCCAGACCAUCAGCCUGGUGGGCACCACCUUCUUCGUCGUGGUGAUGACCAUGGUCCAAAACAUGAUGCUAAUGAUCAUGGCCCAGAUCAUUAA